AUGCUACCACACCAUGGAGGUGAACCACAAAAAUCCAUUCCACCAUAUGUUAUUGCUGUAUCUUUUGAUAAAUAUGAUCCAGGAAAUGAAAUCGAAGUAACUCUAGAGGGAACUGCAGAGCAUGGUUUUCAAGGAUUUCAUCUACAGGCUCGAGAACUUGAAGGAGAUACUCCUGUUGGUUCCUUUAAAAUUACAGAUCCAAGCACGCAAGCCCUUGCAUGUCAUAAUGUUUCGAAUUCAGCGGUAAGCCACACAAAUUCAGAGGUGAAGCACAAAGUUACAACAACUUGGAUUGCACCUUCGGACACGAAGAGUAUUCAAUUUAGAGCAACAUUUGUUCAAGAUUCAAAGAACUUCUGGGUUGGAGUUCUCAGCAAAACUGUCACUCCUAGACAUUCUCAGUCAGCCAAUGUCACAGAAAGAAGGAAUAAGAAGAAGGCUUCACGGAUUGUGAUUGAGAUGGAAUGUACCAAGAAAGGAGGAACUUACUCAACUAGUGGUGGAUGUAUUCAGGGUGGAUCCUCUGGUUCCUCUCAGACUAGCUAUUCUGUUGGUCAGGUUGGAGUCAUUUCUCCAGGAGGCAGCCGGGGUGGAUGCGUCCCAGGCACUGAUGGCAUAUACAGCAGAUAUGGCUGUAGAGAUGGUGCUGUCGCAAUUAACACAGGCAUUUCCUAUGGUCAGUCUGUCUCCUCAGGCAGUGGUGUUCAAAAGCCAGUUUCCUAUCCCGACAGCAAACCCUACCCACCUGUGCGUGAAACUUUCCCAUCGAUCUUGGUCAAUUCUGGAUAUGACAGCCGCAUUAUCCAUUCACAAGGUGGACAGAGAGUCAAUCCUUGCGAUCGAAGUUCAUCCUCCUACAACAUCAUUAUCUGUAAACUGAGUCAAUCUUCUACCUCACAGAACAGCAAUACCAAAGGCCAAACUGGAUCAUUGUCCUCACAGAGUUAUGGCAAUAGCCAGCAGGAUCAGUCCACUUUCUCACAGGGCAGCCAAGUAAUCUCACAGGGCAGCCAAGUAAUCUCACAGGGCAGCAAGCAGGGUGGAUUGUCUGUCUCCGGUGUCAGUACGGGUUGUGGAGAGGGUACUUCAUACGACAGCAGUCCCUGCCACCAGACUGGAUCAUUGUCCUCACAGAGUUAUGGCAGUAGCCAGCAGGAUCAGUCCACUUUCUCACAGGGCAGCCAAGUAAUCUCACAGGGCAGCCAAGUAAUCUCACAGGGCAGCAAGCCGGGUGGAUUGUCUGUCUCCGGUGUCAGUACGGGUUGUGGAGAAGGUACUUCAUACGACAGCAGUCCCUGCCACCAGACUGGAUCAUUGUCCUCACAGAGUUAUGGCAGUAGCCAGGGUUCACAAAAUAAUUCAGGCAGCAGUAACCGUGAUUGUGAUCAGAGAUCAUCCAACUGUGCAGGCAACAAGGUUAUUGUUGCCCGGGAUACAUCUCGUGCUCUAAGCAGAAGCAGUUACAAUGGACAGAAUGAGUCCUCUAGCACAAACAGCAGUAGUGCCAAUGUCCAGGGUGGAGCAUUUAUCUCAUUCAACAACACUUCCAACGGCCAGGGAUUACCUUCAGGAGGAAAGCCAUCUGGUGGAGAUGGCUCACAUUCCUCAGAAGACGGCUUCAUAAGCUCUGCUGGGAAACAGUCCAGCCCUAGCCUUUUGCUGCUAUUCAGUGUUUUGAGUGCCUUUGCCACCUCUUCAGUUGUGCCCAAGUGGUUUAUAUGAACAUCUGAAUACGUGACUGGAGACCACGAAAUGUAUUCUGUAAUAAGAUUAAUUUUCUGUAUAAAAUUCUAAUCAAAGUUGAAUAUAUAAUUCGUUGGUUUGUUGUAAUGUCAUUAUGUAUGGUUAAUAUGCCACGCUUUUGAUUAGUUCUACCUUUUUUAGUUUACAGUAUAUGCUGGUUUAUUUUUCAGUAUUUUAGGCAUCAUCUGAAAAGGAGAUAUUGUGUCCUAACUAUAUGAAUUUUUAUUUCUAACUGACGUGAUGAAUACCCUAUUUGAAUCUGAUCUAGUUGUGAAUCCAACCACUCUGAAGAUAUCUGGAACCACAUGGCUAUUAACCCAGGGAAAAAAAUAAUAGCGGAUUUUCAUGUGUGCAAGAUGAAGGCUCUCUCUCAUCAUUACAUAAAAUAAAGCCAAUCCUGUAAUUUUUUAUAAAAAAGCCUCAAUGGAUCAGAAAAGCAGUGUUGGAAUAUUACAUUUAAUCUAUUAUAGUAAUUAAACUAGAGCGAAGUGUAAAUCUUGCAAUGCAGAAAUUUCUUACUGCAGUGAAACUUUUGGAUAUUCCACCUCUUCCAUAAAAAGCCACUGAAGGCAGACAUUCUGAUACUUAGAAUAGAACACAAUGUGUCUAGACCAGUGAUUUUCAACCUUUUUUCAUUUGCAGACCUCUUAAAAAAUUUCAAAUUGGUGGUGUAGACUCUUUUUAAAUCUUAGACAUAGUGUGUGGACCAUGGGUUGAAAACCACAGGUCUAGGCACACUCCACCUAGAUCUUUAGUAGGGAGUAUAGCCCAGAAGAGGCUUUGGAAGGCUAAUAACCUUGGAACCGAUGAAAAACACCAACUCUGGGAAUGUUUGAGAAUUUCUGGCUACUGAAACUGCUAGUAUCUCUGUAUAAGCUCUCUUUCCACAAGUAUUUUGCCUAAACUACGAGACCUGAUUUAUUGUCAAAUUUAAUUUCAAGAAUGAUAUUGAGAUCCAUAAAACCGUAUUACUGUGCAGCAGAUAUAGUCCCAGAGAAACAUAAUCUUUGACUGGCAAGGAUUUCAAGGAAACAGAGUGUCACAUAUAGCAUCUUUUAGCAGUGUUUUCCCUUGGAGAUCUAUUCAGAAGUGUUGCCUUUGAAAGGCUGGAUAUGUAAUCUGAGAAGAUGCAGAUUACUCCCAGAAAAUGCGAAUGCUAGUAGUUUUAAAAUGUAACCUGUUCAUACUCACUUUCAAGCAAUAAAUUCCUAGCAGCAGGUAAAUGGUGUUUAAUAAAUUACAUCUUUAUUGUACAGUAUUGUCUCUAAAAGAUGUGUACAACUGUCAUUGUUCUAAUAGCAUGGUAUGUUUUAAGAUAGGUCAAAUGUUAACCAAGUGCACCUAAAACACUUUUACAAAAAAUCAGUCCAAGACCUAUAGAAGUUGUGUGUAGUCUUAAAGCACUUAAAACUACAUUCACACUGUAAACCUCCUGGGGUAAGUACAUGGAUGAAAUCCUGUCCCCAUUGAAAUUGAUGGGAAUUUUGCCAUUGACUUCAAUAAGGCCAGGAUUUCAUUCAUUGCUGUUUUUUCCCCUGUGUUCUGUACAGAGCACACUGUCAACACUCCAUAAAGUCUUAAUAUUCUCAACUCAAAUCCUGAAGUCAUUACUCAUGCAAAAUGAGUUUUGCUUGAAUAAGAACUCCCAGAUUUGACCCAUAGUGCAUAUCUUUAAGAGAUUAAUAUAUAUAAUAAAAUAGUUACCUAAAAUAGAAUAUGCUGUGUAGUGUUCAUUUGCAUAUCUUAAUUGAAGCAGUGCAAUAUCUAUCAUUGGGUCCAUACAAUGUCUUGCCAUUUAUCAUUUUUCAGAGGUAUAAAAAAAUUAGUUUUUAAAUGGUUUUUGGUAUAAUAUGUGUGUGCAGUUUUACGUGAGUUUCAUAACACACCAUAACUAUGUGUGGGCAACUGAAAAUGCAAGGAUUGUAGGUGUAAAUAAUGUGGACCUGAGAAUUAUGAGUUUGGGUGAAGUGAUGUUUGAGAGAAAAAUACCACCAUUUUUGGUUACUGGGGAAAAAAAAAACUUGUAAAGUAUUCACUGUAUGUCUUUGUCUCUAAAUCAAUAGCAGGAACAAAGGUAACAUGGGAUAGUUGGCGUGAAUCUUUACAGGGAAUUAAUAAGAGAAAAAGAGAGGCUUUAUAUGUAAUAUUGUUUUCCUUAUUCUAAUAAAA